UGUUGACAUUCUGCUUCAGUAAAUGGCGCGUAAACGGUGAUAAGAGACAGAGUGCAGAGUUCGAGAUUUAGCUUCAGAGAAACGUGUCAGUGUGUGUGUAACUUUCACUGCAGCGCUGAUAAACAGUGGACAGUAAUGGCCUGUAAACGAGGAGCUCUCAUUGUGCUGGAGGGGGUCGACAAAGCCGGAAAAACGACCCAGUGUAAGAAGCUGGUUCAGGCGCUGCAGCAAUGCGGCCGACCGGCGGAAAUGAUGAGAUUCCCCGACAGAAGUACAACGAUCGGACAGCUGAUCAGCGCCUACCUGGAGAAGAAGAGUGAACUGGAGGACCACACGGUCCAUCUGCUGUUCUCUGCAAACCGCUGGGAGAUGGUGCCUUCCAUGAAGAAGAAGCUGGAGCAGGGCAUCACUCUGGUUGUAGACAGGUACGCCUUCUCUGGAGCUGCUUUCACCAGCGCUAAGCCAGGUUUCUGCCUCGACUGGUGCAUGAAACCUGAUGUGGGACUGCCGAAGCCCGACCUUGUUAUGUUCCUGCAGCUGAGCCCGUCUGAGGCGGCUCUCAGAGGUCAAUUCGGGGAAGAGAGAUAUGAGACGAGUGUUUUCCAAAGAGCGGUUCAACAGAAGUUUGAGCAGCUGAUGAAGGAUCCCUCAGUAAAUUGGCAGGUAAUUGAUGCCUCACAGAACAUUGAAGGAGUGCACAACAACAUCAUGGACCACAGCCUUAAUGCCAUCAACACAGCUCAGAACCAGCUGCUUGGAGAGCUUUGGAAGUGAACCUGAACGCAUCACAUAGAAACUAGUUACUAAAUAACUCUUCUGCACAACAGCCACUUCGCUUGAGUCUCGUCUUUACUUUGGAAAAUAACUUGGCAAAGGGUCAAAUGUCAUAUCACAUUUUCUAAAAAUUGAAGAGAGAUAUGCAAUUGUCAAAUAUCAGAUUCUGAUUUUAUUUUUACUUUUUAAUCCUCUUACAUGUCUAUUGUUCUGUCGCCUGCCUAUAUAUUGUUUUGAUUAAAUAAAUAAUCUUCAAGUGAA